ACAUGCAUGGGCAAACUGUUCAGCGAUUAAAAUCCGUUUUGUUAAAGAAACGACCAUUGAACAAUCCAGCGCCCACCUCUGCUACGUCAAAUCUUCUUCAAACGUGAAAUAUGUGCUCAGUUCUGUUAUGGUAAAUCGGGCUUGUGUGUACUUCGAGAAACUUGUUUUCUCUUCAGUUAUUGUGAACGAAGUGUGCGUCGUUGCUCUCCUUAUUCCGCCCUUGCUCUGAAUGAAGAAGUUAAACGAAAUACAAGAAUGGUGUAACGCGACGAGGGACGAGAAAAAUGGGCGAAAACGAUUUUCCUUUCACGUUCCAAACUGUUUCUCGUGAGGAUGAGGAGGCAAAAAGGAAGGUCUUCAAGGAAGGCUCUUUGGAACUUAAUGUGACGCAAGUAAUGCCAGGACGCAUCAUUCUGCCCAAAACAUACGAGGAAGAUGCCAAACGAAUUUAUAAUAUGGAAUUGCGACCAGAUGACAUCUGGAUUGUGACGUAUCCAAAAUGUGGGACAACGUGGACCCAAGAAUCAGUUUGGCAGUUGGUCAAUUUCGACUUGAAUAGCAAUAUUCCUUUCGACGCCCGGACGCCAUUUCUUGAAUUUGGACACAUCAUGAAGUCAUCAGGGGCUUUUGAAAUCAAAGUGGGGAGCAAAGAGCCCCCGCCUGAAAUGUUUACGGACCUUGUCAGCUUUAUUGGCAAAAUGCAGUCCCCCAGAGUGAUUAAAACGCAUAUUCCACUUGAGCUCUUGCCGCCCAAAUUGGUGGAAACUUGCAAAGUUGUUUACGUAUGUCGCAAUCCAAAGGACACAUGCGUUUCGUAUUUUCAUCAUAGCGCCAUUGGAAAACCUGUUUAUAAGCUCUAUGGAAAUUUUGAAGAUUACAGUGAGCUUUUCUUCAAUGGGCGCCUUGUGUAUGGAGACUAUUGGCAACACCUCAAGAGUGGUUGGGCCUUGAGAGGUCAUGAAAACUUUAAGUUCAUUUGGUUCGAGGACAUGAAACAAGACCACAAGGCUGGACUCAAAGAUCUUGCCCAGUUCUUAGGAUAUGAGCGCACUGAGGAAGAGCUAGACACUCUGGUUAAACACUUAACCAUCGACAAUAUGCGAAAUAUAUCUGUGGCCAAAGCCAGAAAUGACUAUGAAAAGGAGUUCCUAGCCAAGUUUUUCCGCAAAGGCCAAGUGGGCGAUUGGAGCAACUAUUUCCAAGGAGAAACCCUUCAAAAGUGGAACGAAUGGAUAAAAAAACACUUGGAGGGCACUGAUAUUGUUAUGAGAUUCAAAUGAUUUUAAGCAUUGAAUAGCGAAUAACUAUCGAAUAAAUA